GUCCUGGUCGGGAACCGGUAUUGCGGCGGUCCUGGAAAUGGCCUCUGGCUUCGUCCGCCAUUUCCGGAAUGAGGCUGAAUUUCCAGCAUCUCUUCGCUCGCCAUAUAGGCGGAUGGGCCAUUUCUCCAUGACCAAACUCCUCUUAAACCAGCGGCGUCUCUCGUCCACCGUAUUUUUUUCAUUGUCUUUACACAUCCAAUACAUAAGUUUCUCUUCCCCAGCUCACCAUUUCCCUACCGUCGUAUUCGCUCUCUCCCUCUUUCUCUCCCUGCCUCUAUUUUACCAUCGUCCCCCCUUCCGGUCUUUCGCUCUUGUGUCGGGCUGAAAUGGAGAAGUUAGGGGGGAAGCAUGCGCCGAGGGGGCAUGCAAUUGCCUUGUUCUGCAUUGCGCUGCUCGGCAUCGGCUUUGUUGGUGACAACCUGUGGAGGUUUUCGUCUCGGAUCUCAUCUUUCGAUCCUUUCUCCCAGCUGCCUACGACGAUGCAGCGCGCCGUUGGUCUCGGCUUGACCGACAACAACAAGCUAAAUACAAAAAUCAAGGCUGACCAUAUGACACCUACAAAAUACUUUAAUGCAACAUUUGCCGAUUUAGAAGCACCACAUUUAGAAUGGGAGGAGAUGCCAUCAGCACCUGUACCUCGUCUAGAUGGGGCUGCUAUACAAAUUAAAAAUCUUUUCUAUGUUUUUGCUGGAUAUGGUACUAUAGACUAUGUGCAUUCUCACGUGGACAUUUAUAAUUUCUCAGAUAAUACAUGGUGUGAUAGGUUUAAUAUGCCCGAAGAAAUGGCUAACUCUCACUUAGGAAUGGCUACAGAUGGCCGAUAUGUUUAUGCUGUGACUGGCCAAUAUGGUCCACAAUGUAGAGGCCCUACAGCUCGCUGCUUUGUGCUAGACACACAGACAAAAAAGUGGCAUGACUUGCCCUCCUUACCUGCCCCUAGGUAUGCUCCAGCCACUCAACUUUGGAGGGGAAGGCUCCAUGUCAUGGGUGGUAGUAAGGAGAACCGCCAUACUCCUGGCUUGGAUCAUUGGAGUCUGGCAGUAAAAGAUGGAAGGCCAUUAGAGAAAGAGUGGCGGACUGAGAUACCAAUACCACGUGGUGGUCCACAUAGGUCCUGUGUUGUUGCUAAGGAUCAACUGUUUGUUAUUGGUGGGCAAGAGGGUGAUUUUAUGGCCAAGCCUGGAUCUCCCAUUUUUAAGUGUUCCAGACGUCAUGAGGUGGUAUAUGGUGAUGUUUACAUGCUGGAUGAUGGGAAGAAAUGGAAGGAACUACCUCCAAUGCUUAAGCCUAAUUCUCAUAUAGAAUUUUCAUGGGUGGUUGUCAACGACUCUAUAAUUGUUGUUGGUGGUACAACCGAGAAACAUCCUGUGACAAAAAGGAUGAUAUUGGUUGGUGAAGUAUUCCGGUUUCACUUGAAUACCAUGAAAUGGAGUGUGGUCGGGAGGAUGCCCUACAGAAUGAAGACAACACUGGCGGGUUUCUGGAAUGGUUGGCUAUAUUUCACAUCCGGACAGAGAGACCGAGGACCACAUGAUCCUUCUCCCAGAAAGGUUGUUGGAAGCAUGUGGAGGACUAAGCUCAGAUUCUAAGCAAUUAAUAGUUCAUU